AUGAAUGUCAUUAAAAGAGACGGUCGUAGAGUUCCUGUCCAAUUCGACAAGAUCUCCUCGAGAUUAGAGAAAUUGGCAUAUGGUUUAGACUCAAGACACGUGCAUCCUUCUGCAAUUACUCAGAAGAUUAUUUCUGGUGUUUAUGAUGGUGUUACAACUGUCGAAUUAGAUAAUUUAGCUGCUGAAACUGCUGCUUAUAUGACAACUAUCCAUCCAGAUUAUGCGGUAUUGGCUGCUAGAGUUGCAAUUUCAAACUUACAAAAGCAAACAACUAAGAAAUUCUCUGAAGUUGUUAAUCAACUAUAUACUUAUAUUGAUCCUAAAAAUGGUAAACCUGCUCCAAUGAUUUCAAAGGAGACUUGGGAAAUUGUCCAAAAAAAUGCGAAUAUAUUAGAUGAUGCAAUUCAUUAUGAUAGAGACUUCAAUUAUAACUAUUUUGGUUUCAAAACAUUAGAAAGGAGUUAUCUUUUAAGAAUAAAUGGUAAGAUUGCCGAAAGGCCCCAACAUUUAAUAAUGAGAGUUGCCGUUGGUAUUCAUGGUGAUGAUAUUGAUUCUGUUAUUGAAACUUAUAAUUUGAUGUCAAAGAGGUAUUUCACACAUGCUUCUCCAACUCUUUUCAAUUCGGGUACUCCAAGAAAUCAAAUGUCUUCAUGUUUCUUAGUUGCAAUGAAGGACGAUUCCAUUGAAGGUAUCUAUGAUACUUUGAAAGAAUGUGCUUUGAUUUCCAAAACUGCUGGUGGUAUUGGGUUACAUAUACAUAAUAUUAGAUCAACUGGUUCUUAUAUUGCCGGUACUAAUGGUACAUCCAAUGGGAUUAUUCCAAUGAUUAGGGUCUUUAAUAACACUGCAAGGUAUGUUGACCAAGGUGGUAAUAAAAGACCUGGUGCGUUUGCACUAUAUAUUGAGCCUUGGCAUUCAGAUAUUCUUGAUUUUAUUGAUAUCAGGAAAAACCACGGUAAAGAAGAAAUUAGAGCAAGAGAUUUAUUCCCUGCUUUAUGGAUUCCUGAUUUAUUUAUGGAAAGAGUUGAGAAAAAUGAAGAUUGGACUUUCUUCUCCCCUAGUGAAGCACCUGGUUUGAGUGAUGUAUAUGGUGAUGAAUUCAAAGAAUUAUAUACCAAAUAUGAAAGAGAAGGUAGAGGCAGGAGAACAAUUAAAGCACAAAAGUUAUGGUAUUCGAUCUUAGAAGCUCAAACUGAAACUGGUACACCUUUCAUGUUAUAUAAGGAUGCAUGUAACAAGAAAUCUAAUCAACAAAAUUUGGGUGUUAUCAAAUCUUCCAAUUUAUGCUGUGAAAUUGUUGAAUAUUCAUCACCUGAGGAAACAGCAGUUUGUAAUUUAGCUAGUGUUGCAUUGCCUGCAUUUGUUGAAAGUGAUGACAAGAACUGUUGGUAUAACUUUGAGAAGUUACAUGAAAUUACAAAGGUUGUGACUAAAAACUUGAAUAAAAUCAUCGAUAGAAACUACUAUCCUGUUGAAACUGCAAGGAGAUCAAAUAUGAGAAACAGACCAAUUGCUGUUGGUGUCCAAGGUUUGGCAGAUGCCUUCAUGAUGUUGAGAUUACCAUUUGAUUCGCCAGAAGCAAAGGAACUGAAUAUUCAAAUUUUUGAAACCAUUUAUCAUGCUGCUUUGGAGGCAAGUGUUGAAUUAUCUAUUAGGGAUGGACCAUAUGAGACUUUUGAAGGAUCUCCUGCAUCCCAAGGUCUCCUACAGUUUGAUCUUUGGGGUAAGAAGCCAACCAACUUAUAUGACUGGGAUUCAUUAAAGGAGAAAAUCAAGGCCAAUGGUUUGAGAAAUUCAUUGCUUGUUGCACCAAUGCCGACUGCUUCAACAUCUCAAAUUCUAGGUUACAACGAAUGCUUUGAACCUUACACUUCCAAUAUUUACUCUAGAAGAGUUUUAGCCGGUGAAUUCCAGAUUGUCAACCCUUAUAUGUUGAGAGAUUUGGUUGAAAUGGGACUCUGGAAUGAUUCUAUGAAAAACCAUAUCAUCUCAGAUAAUGGUUCGAUUCAGAACUUACCGAAUAUUCCUCAAGAGAUCAAGGACUUAUAUAAGACUGUCUGGGAGAUCUCGCAAAAGACAAUUAUCGAUAUGGCUGCUGAUAGAGGUGCAUACGUGGAUCAGUCACAAUCUAUGAACAUCCAUUUGAAAAAUCCAACAAUGGGUAAAUUAACGUCCAUGCAUUUCUAUGGUUGGAAGAAGGGGCUCAAGACAGGUAUGUAUUACCUUAGAACCCAGGCUGCUGCUGCGGCAAUUCAAUUCACAGUUGACUUUAACUCUGCAAGUGAAGCGGGAUCUACAACUGCAGUUUUGGAUAAGAUUAAGAUUAAGAAGUAUUUACCAAGAAACUCAGGUAAGGUGGAAGAUGUUGAGGUUGCAAUUCCACAGAAAACUGCUGGACUUAGUGAAACUUUUGAGAAAUUGAAAGUUGAUGAAAAUGUUCCGUACAUUCCAGAACAACCUGUAGAGGAGGCGCAAGAACCAGAGAAGGAAGUGAAGAAGGUGAUAGUUGAGCCUGUUGUAAGUGUGCCAGCAGCACCAGCGAGUGGCGAAACUAAUGAAGAAGAUGUCGAUAUUUUCAACUCUAAAGUGAUUGCAUGUGCAAUCGACAAUCCAGAAGCAUGUACCAUGUGUUCUGGUUGA